AUGGCCGUCCCCGUCCUCUCCCCCUGCCUCCUCUUCCUCCUCCUCCAGCUACUCUCCGCGCCGCCGUCGCACAGAGCCGCCGCCGAGUACGCGGAGUACACGUGCAAUGGCACCACGGGCAACUUCACCUCCGGCAGCGCGUUCGCCGCCAACCUGGACCGCCUCAUCGCCGAGCUUCCCGGCAACGCCUCCGCCUCCCCAUCGCUCUUCGCGUCAGCAUCAGUCACCGGGUCCGCCUCCAACACCGACACCGCGUACGGCCUCGCGCUGUGCCGCGGUGACAUGACAGACGCGCGCGCCUGCCGGGCCUGCCUCGCCGACGCCUUCGCCCAGCUGCGCCGCCUCUGCGGGGUCGACCGCGACGCCACGUUCUACGCCGACCUGUGCACGGCGCGCUACUCCGGCGGCGACUUCCUGCGGCUCACCGCCGACGGCGUCGACAACUCCCCCGUCGUGAACGGCAUGGACGCGAACGCGUCGACGUACCCGGGGUGGGACCCCGGCAACGCCACGAGCCGGAGCUUCUUCCUGUCCCUGGUGGGCACGCUGUUCGGCGAGAUGUCCAUGUACGGGGCCUACAACUCGUCGCGGCACCGGCGGCUCGCCACCGCCGUCAUGUUCAUCAACGCGGGGCUGCCCACCGUGUACGGCCUCGCGCAGUGCACCCCGGACCUCGCGCCCGCGCAGUGCUGGCACUGCUUCCAGGGGCUCGGGGAGCUCAACCGCCAGUGGUACGACGGACGCGAGGGCGGACGCAUCUCCGGCGUCCGGUGCGGAUUCCGGUAUGAGGGGUACCAGUUCUACCAGGGCACGCCAGACGUCAGGAUCGGGCUGCACGGUGGCCCGUCGUCGUCCUCGCCGGAGGAUAAUGGAACCGAUGCAAGCAACCACAAAAAGGUCGUGGUCAUCGCUCUUGUCGUGCCAAUCGCUCUUGUCUGUGGCUUGCUGGUUGCCGGCCUUCUCCUCGUCAGAGCACAAAGAAAACGAGCCCGAAAGACGAGGCUGCCGACGACGCAGACACAUUCGAGAAACAGCUCCAAGGCGGAGGAGGCGCUGAAGCUAUGGCGGAUCGAGGAGAGCAGCUCGGAGUUCACGCUGUACGACUUCGCCGAGCUGGCCGCCGCGACAGGCGACUUCUCCGACGAGAAUCUGCUCGGCAAAGGCGGCUUCGGCCCCGUCUACAAGGCGAGCUGA